CACUUUUACUCAUAAAAGAAUCCUGGCUUGCAGGCCAGGCAGUAGCUAAUUAGUUAGCUACUAUUCGACAGCAGGCUUGACCAGGGCAAUCCGGCCUGUGGAUACUUGAACAUUUCUCCAUUUUAGACCCACACAGACCAAGGCUGCGUGCGAGCAGAUGCUCUAGAUCGCACUCAUUUGCGCGUCUUUAGUGCAGUUUGCAUUGCAUAGGUAGUUUCGCACAGCUCUGUGCUAAAGAAACAGCUUUCCAGCAGCGGGAGACACCUGGAUUUCAGCUGCAAAAGACCAGGUUUACCAAUAACAUUAUAGUUGCAAAAGCAAAAGGAUUUCCGUCUGUCUGCAGAAUGGCGAGACCUUCGAGGAAUAAAAGGGUUGUUGACUACGCACAAUUCCAAGAGUCUGAUGAUGCAGAUGAGGAAUAUGGAAAAGAAUCAGAACGACCUGAGAAGCCGCCUGUAAAGCGCAGUGAUGAUUCUCGUGUCAAGGACCACAAGAAGGACCACAGCGAUGAUGAUAAUGACAAUGACUACGGCGAGGACGAGGAAGAGGAGGAUGACGGUGGAGACAGUGAUUUUGAUGCAGAAGAGGCCAGCAGGGGGAGACAGGCUACAGCUAAACGGAAAAGGGCUCGAGAUGACAGUGAUGAUGAUGGUAAGGUUGUGAAGAAGAAGGGCCGGCAGGUGCGUCAGGCGGCCACAAAAGCUGCAUCCAAACAGAGGGAGAUUCUGCUCGGAGACGGAGGAAGUGAGGACGAGGAAGGACAGGGUGAAGAGGAGGAGGAUGACAGUGACGUUUACACCGGAGAAGACUCGGGCAGUGAUGAAGACUUUAUGGUGGAGGAUGAUGAUGAUGACAGUGAUUAUGGCCGACCCAAACGGAGGAACUCAAAAGUUAGCAGGAGAAGCAAAGACAAGAAAUCCCCUAAACCCAAGAUAAGGGCUUCAGCGACCCGAGGGGCCAAGAAAAGGAGAGGGAAGCGUCAGACGAGGGUGAAGAGAGUGGUGAAGAAGGCCUCACCAAAAUCUGAAGAUGAAGAGAGCAACAAGGAGGAGAAGGAAGAGGAAGAGGUGCAGGAGGAAGACAAGAAGGAGUCGCCCGCCGCAAAGAAGAAGAAGGAUGAAGAAAGCGGCGCAGAAGGAGAGGAAAACAACGACAACGGAGAAAAAGAGGAGGAGAAGGAGAAUGAGAACGAGACGGAGGAAAAGGACGAUGUUUCUGAGGAGGAAGCUCCGUCAGGUGAAGACUGAGCUCUUUGACCUGCCGCUGAACGUGUCUGUUAUCUGUUGUUCUUUAUGAGGAGCAGUAGAAUUGAUUUCCCACAAUGCUCAAAGAGUGUUUUGGAUGUUUGUUAUGUCUCUCGGCUUGUAAAUACCAUAUCUCCACCUCACGAAAUCUGUAAAGUAUCAUCAGACCUGUCCUAAAAACUCUACGGUUUGGCCUAAUACUGAAACGCGAUCUUUCAUAUGAAUAUUUAUCAAUCUUUCAAUUUGUCUUUCAAUUGAUCUGUUUUGUUACGGUCGACCUUCAGUGUAUAAAUAAAGAAGGACGAAGACAACUUGCCCUGAAAAUACAGAUUAUACUGUAGGUUCUGUAUCUCACUUUACGGGCAGUGUACAAAUUUUGGAAAUCUGUUUGAAAAGAUCGCUUGUUCGCUCCAAAACGAACCAAUUUUUGUGACUUUUAAUGUACACGAUCUCAUCCCAGCGGCGUCGACUGCUGAAAACACAGGCUUCUAAUGAACAUAUACGCUUGUCGUCAUGAACUGCACUGGAUUUUGUGGCUGCAGUUCAGUCACGCGGUAUCCUCGCUACAUCAACCGUACGUUACAUAGUUCUAGUGCGCUACUUUCUCCCACUUUCCGUGCAGUUAUUUCUUGAUUCAGUCUAGUAAAUCAGCUUUCUUUCCCCGUCUGAGCAUUUGAACUAAGAUGACUUUUUUUCUAUGGUCGUAUUGAACCUCUUUCAUGGUUGGCAUGCUUUCAUGUACGUGCUUGGCGAAGGGAGUCUGGUGUAAACCUUCAGGAUGAGUGACGUCAGAAGUGAGUGAGCUAGUGAAAACCUUAUUAUUGACCUCUGUGAUGCUUCAUGUGUGAAAUUUUUUAAGACUAUUUUGAUGCUUCUAGAUGCCUUUUUAAAAGAGCAGUCCGUCGAGCCAUUAGAAUGGCAAACACGAGCUGAAUUCAGUGCACACCAUCCAUAGCUUUCUCAGCUUCAUAUGACUAUUUUUAUUGCUUGUGUCGCCAUCCUAAUCUGUAGCCUUUCAUUCUAUAUCAUAAUUUAUCCAAAAUAAAUGUUCGUUUUAAUUACGCUAUUCUGAUUUUUGUAAAAUUUGUUUUACAAGGAAAAAAUAAAAUGUAUCUUUAAAGAAA